UGUGCUGCUUGGUGGUGGCGGCGGCCGGCGCGUUUCAAGUCAGUCGCCCCUCUGAUCGCCGCCGGUGAGGUUGUCCCACGAACGCCGCGCUCGCUUCGGGACUCGCCGACCGCUCGCUCGCUUUGCGAGUUUUCACCACGCGCGCUUCUGGCAAGCAAGAAGUUGGUCGUUGGCGCUCGGGUGCGCUCCCGUGAGCACCGCCCCUCCUGCUCCACCUCUCUCUAUAUAUUUAUUUUUCUCUCUUUAGUUGAGUAAACCAGACUGGACACGAACAGUCACCGAUCGGUCGUCUCGGCGUCCGAUUUCUGCUCCCCAGGUGAUUGCCUAUUUGAAAGUGUUUGCCGACUGCGGUCGGCCGUGCGGCGGUUUCGGAGUUCGCCGGCCGAGCAGCAGUUGCUGGACGCGCGUGCGCGUCGUCGUCACGACCGAUCUCAGAUCUUGUCCUUCCAAUUUUCUGCCGGAACAGCGACGGCGUUACGGGCUCGUACGAGUUUGCCGUGACUUCUGAGCCGACGACAGUCAUACGCUGAAAAGUUCGUGCGGAAGUUUCGGUCGGGCGCCGGCGUUGAUCACCCGUCAGUGACGUCAAACGCAAAACUUUGCUCUGCGCGCGCGCGCGUGAGCCACGCGACUUUUUCUCAGUUCCCCGCGCGGUCCCGCGGCAGCGAUGCCGACUUGUUUUGGCGUCGUGCUGGCGGCAUGCGAAGUGACUGACUGAGCGAUCGGGCUGUUGUGACUUGGUGGACCACGUGUUUCGUUUGCCCGCUCCUCGCCCGAGUCUUUGCGAAACAUAAUUGUGCGCGUGGCGGCACGUUUUUCGUCUGCGUCUUCGUCUGCCUCCACCACUACGUGCGUUCUUGUCACGCGCUUCCGUCGUGUGAGAGACAGCUGAGGCCGGACUCCAUACAAAAGGCGCGCACGCGCGUCUCUCUCCUGCCGGCAGCCGGACAGACACACCAACGACCUCGUGAGAGCCGGCAGCAGAAGCAGCAGCAGAAGCGCGAUUUCGAAUCGCCCGCCGCGGCCCUUGUGCAGUGAACUUUGAACGACGAGAAACUCAGCAUCACGCGAUGCGUCUUCCGUGGCUGCUCGCUCUCAAGGCGCUCAUCGUGAUGGCAGUGCCGCAGCGACACGAGCUGUCCAACGCCAUCGAGGACGUAUCUUCAGCUUCGCUGUCUUCGACUGCCGGCGGCGCGCUCGCCGAGGAGCAGACGUCUCCUCGCCGUCACCACGGCCAGCAGCACCAGCGGCUCAAGGACGGGGCCGCCGUCUCCCGGUUGCUGCAGGUGUUCGGGCUGCGCGAACCUCGGCGCCGCGAGCGACACCAGCAGCCGCCCGUCUACAUGCUCGAGCUGUACAACGCCACCGCGGGCUCCGGAGGGAUUACGCGAUCGGCGAACAAGUACAACGCCAACCUGGUGCGCAGCUUUCCCGACCGAGUGCGACGACACAACAAGCGUGGUAAGAAGAAGAGCAAGGACAAGAAGGCCACGAGGGGAAGCGGGGCCGCCAAGGACAGUCCACUGCGCUUCUUCUUCAACGUGACGCCCAGCGAGUCGGCCAAGGAGGAAGUGCUGCAAGCCGAGUUCCACCUGUACAAGCUGCGCCCCAAGCACAGGCCUCCGGACAGGCUUGGGGACGCCAAGUCACACCUGCUCGAGGUGCGCGUCUACCAGGCGAUGCCGGGUGUCUCUCCACUGCGCGAGGAGGGCCACCGACUGCUAGACGUGCGGCGCAUGACGUACACCUCUGUUGGCUGGGAGGUAUUCUACGUGAAGGCUGCCGCCGUCGACUGGAUCAAGGACCCGUCUUCGAACCUCGGGCUGUUGAUGACGGUGCGCACGGCCCAUGGCCGCCGGUUGGAGGACGGAGUGCUUCGUUUCGCCAAGCGACACCAAGGUCACGUGAACAAGCAGCCCAUUCUGGUGGUGUUCAGCGACGACGGCAGGCCCAGCAGGGAAACGCUGUAUCCGACUGGCCCCUCCGGUGACGUCACUGGAGGAUUGCUUCCGGGACAGGCGACUGGCGCGAGCCUGCCGGUCGCCGUGCCAACUGGCGACGGCUUCACACCGGCUCCAAAUCCCAGGAGCGUGCGGGCGGCUCCGCAGACCUCGUCCUCCGGGGCCAAGUCUUCACCGACGGGCAAGGUGCACGACGAGCCGUUCGGUUGCACGCGCCACGAGAUGUACGUGGACUUUGAGAAGAUUGGUUGGUCCAGCUGGAUCAUCUCGCCGAAGGGCUACAACGCGUACCACUGCAAGGGUCAGUGCUAUUUCCCGUUGGGCCAGAACCAGUGGCCCACCAACCACGCGACCGUGCAGAGCAUCGUCAACGAGCUCAGCUUGACGGCCGGAGUGGGUGCACCUUGCUGCGUGCCCAACAAGCUGUACUCCAUCAGCCUGCUAUACUUCGACGAGAAUGAGAACGUGGUGCUCAAGCAGUACGACGACAUGGUGGCCGCCAGCUGCGGGUGCCACUGAAACCUCCCCACAGCGCAGCGCAAUGAGCGGGCGGCCAAGUGCGCAUGCUCUUUGAUUGACGACACCCCGUGUCAUUGCCGGAUGGCUUCCGUGGACGCGGAAAUCGAAUCUAGCUGGACGCUAAGGAGUGGAGGUUAAGACGAACGCAUUUUAAGUGAGUGAUGGUGCAAAGACGCUUGAACUUAGCUGCAUGUUUCCUGCUCGGGUCCUUGCGCGGGACGAGUGGCAUGGACAUCUAGCCUUGUUGCGGUAUUUAUGACGAUGGGACUUGUCGGAAUCUCUACUUGGACUCUGUGCGUGACGCAAGCACUACGAUGUCUGGUGCCGUAAAAGAUGUGAAAUUAGCUGUAUGAUAUGAGUACGAGAGGCUAUCUGGAUGUCUAACGUCUUGGCUGUCUCUUUGGAAACUUAUCGUGUAGACAGCUGUCUUACUCUGUAACCCGUCAGCACUCGUUUGUUAUGCUUGUGGUAUUCGGCCUGCAGUCUAUAUAAAAACUGUCUUGAUGUUGAAAACGUUGACAGAAUUGGCACUCGCAAACGUAUCAUGUACCUUGAAGGUUACCAGCUGUAGACGACUGGUAAUGAUUUAAGCUGGCCUAGCACGCCACUUGAUGUCAAUGCGAUGUGUGAUCUGCCCAAAGACGGCUAUCCUUCGCGUUGAGGAGCUUCGGUCUCUCUACCUGCAAGGAUGAAGGGCUGUAGUGUUAGCUUAGCUUGCACAUGUAAGAGCUUGAGCAUUUUUUGUCAUGCACAGCUCUUGCGAGCAAUCAAUUACUGACGUCGAGCCUGUGUAUAGAACGGAAACUGCUACAUCUUGGGGGUAUUACUUAGAAGCCGUGGAACUCUGAAAGAUGCCACGCUACACAGCGUGUGGCGAGUAGCAAAAAUGGGAAGAUCUGUUAUGCUUCUUCUUUGGGAUUUUUUUCUCUUACCGGCACGCUGUAACACAUUAUGUAACAUCUGACAGGUUGAUUCAAUACUUCUUAUUGCAACUGAAGAGACUAGAACACACUGAAAAUUUCGCUAGGCAUCAUAUGAAGUGAGAGAAGGAAUAAGUUGAAAAGUCUUGAGCAGAGCGAGGAUGACUGUGAAAAUUAUUUGUCUAGGGUGACAAGAACACAAUAACAACCGGAUCGCGUCCAUGCGGGAUGUCAUAUAUAUCAGCGUGCAUUCUUCUCGCGAGGUCGACAAGUUGUAGAAAAUCAGAACUAAGUACUCUCCUGAGCGAGACUAAGCCGAGUGGGCUACGCGAAUGGAAGCGCAAGUACUAAAGAUAUUGAUUUCAAUAAUGUGGGCCUGUACAUAAGAACCAAUUUUAAUGCGUAAGCCUUCUUUGGCGAGAACCCCAGCAAAAUCUGUCUGUAACACGAAAAGUGUCACAACCUUUAUCUGAAAAAUUAUUGCUUAAUUGGUGAAGAGAUUUAAUUGUUAUAGUAGUGUAAAUCGAGAUAAUUGUUAUCUUUAGAAUCGUAAUGAAGGAAUGGAAAAGGGGAAAAAAAGUUGUAGCUGUUCUCGUCAUGCCUCCUUGAAGCGUUGCUCACCUUGAAAGCUUACUUUUCCGCAUCACUGAUGUACAUGCAAGGAAGCUUGCUUUGUCAUUGUGGUGUAUAAAAAAUGAUAGAAUAACUGGUUGGUAGGUGGGAUAAUUGUUUAAUAGUAGUUAAUGGGUAGCCCUAAAGAAGAAUUUGUGACGUCACCGUCGCCUCACUAAGGUCGUAAAAAAGAGAAGCUGUGGUGUGGCAAAAGAAAAAAAUAAACCGGUUGUGACGUCGUUUCGGCUCAGUUGAUUGAGUAUAUCUGCAAAAUAAAUGCAUCAUUGGUCAAGUUAACACAUGUAAUCGUUAUAAUAGUGUAAUAGCAGAUGAUCGGUAGUGAUGGGUAGGCAUGCAUAAUCAAGCUAAAUGAGUAAGCAUAAGCGAAGUAGUGGCAAAGCCAAAGGAUGGUUAUGCUUUAGUAGACAAUUCGCAAAAUUUCUGUAGCAUAUUUUACAUCUUUGUAGCGUUGUUUCAGUAUCUCUUUGGUUAGUACUUUAAUUUUAUUUUCAUUUCUUUUUGGAAGUAACUUUAUCUGAAGUCUGCUAACUUGGCAUCUUUAUCUUUUUUUUUUUUCAUUGGUAUGAUGUGAGUGCCGGUAAGAAGAUGGGCAUGUUCGGUCUUUGUCUUGUGAUUUUAUGUAAGCAUUUGGCUGGCAACAAUAUUCAUAUGCGCACUCAAUGGUUGCUUAGAUCGGACUCUCACGCAAGAACCAGAAAUGACACGUUCGAGCAAACUAUAUACAAGCACCGUGCUUUUCGUGGAUUUGUUUUUCUAUGUUUGUCCACAAGCGGAGAUCCAUACUCUGUUGUAAAAGACGCAUGUUAUUCUGACAUUUCCUUUUUUAAAAUCUAGUAUGAUUUCUUCUCGGACACAAUCAAAUAUGUGAUCUGCCACCCUUGUUUUUGUGCCAUAAAGCUGUUGGAACGUACGUUUUGUAUACUUGUAUAGAUGUGCUACUGUUGUUUGUUUGUUUUUUGCUUAUAUGAUAGAAAAUACCUACGAGUGAAUGCCAGUAUGCGACCAUCACUUGCCCUCAUGUACCUGCGUCUGAAGAGGUGCUUUGUGAUGAGUCAGCGAAAAUAUGUGCUAUGUGCAGUGAAGCCUCCAUGCAACCCGGAAACGUUUUUUUGUUGCACGCUCUCUGGACUCGAUGUUGUCGAUAUCGGUGUUAGAAAUUCAUAUGGAUUAAUAAGUACUUUUGUGAAGAUGCCUUUUAGAAUAGACACCACCACUCGCGCUUACUUUUCAACCGUUCUGAUUAUGUAAAAAAAAAAAAAAAAUAGGAAAGUUGCGAAUGUGGUAGCUGCGGAGUGAAGCGCAUCGUACGUUUACUUUAUGUAAUUAUUUAGCAUGAUAACGAUGGCAACGCUUUCCCCGACCUCCCAUAUGGCUACUAGAACUAUCUUGAGGCCCCUGACGAUGAAAUUUCCUCGUAUGUUCACCAGCGAAAGAACCAAAACGAAAGAUGCUUUCGAGAUAUUUCCUUUGCCAAAGAUAUCUUUACCACAGAAGUUGCGCCGCAAGCAGGACAGGAUGACUUCAGUAGUCCUCCACCGAACUUUGAAGGCUAUGACAAUAGGAAAAAUUUAGCAUGACCUUUCAGCUAUACAUGGGGACUGGAAAGCCUGUGCUACCAUCUGUUAAACGUUGCUUCAUGACCGUUCCCUUCCCAUGACCUCCGACAUUGGGAAGCGCGCAUCUCAGAAGCUAUACCCCACUCGUAGGUUCUCAAGCUGUUGACGCGUACGGAAAUCUCAGAGGUCAUAUCUCUGCAAUUGGUGCAAGAGCUCACCUUUAUACCGAGCGGCGCAGCAUGACAAUGAUUGUAGCCUCUGCGGUAGAAGUGAUACGCGUGUUUUUGUGCAAGGCUGUUAUCAAAGUUUGUUUUAAUGGGAAACCUCGGUGUAAUACAGACGUCUUCCCUAUGUGCGUAGAGAGAGAGAGAGAGAGAGAGAGAUCCUAUGACGCACGAUAUUGCGUAAUAUUGAACUCUGCUGUGCGAAGGACUUGGCAUGACGUAAAUUCAAAUACGGAAAGAAAUAUUUGCAUGAUAACCAGAGUUUGGUUCCAUAUUCGGUCACUCAUAUGAUAAAGUACACGGUCUUCAGCUAUGUAUGUACUGCAAGAAUCUCAGUUUUGCACUGUGUAGAUUCAGCAGUGGCCUCUAAAAGCUUUGUUUCAUUCCGGUGAAAGCACUGCUUUAUUUCUUUGUGUGGAGCGACGGUGCGUUUAACGCCCAUGUUGAUGCUUGAGGACAAUGUUGUGUGUAUGCCCGGCAAUGUUAAAUUUGUUCUUCGUUACGCGGCUACAUAUACAAUGUAUAGCAUAUAGCGAGUUCCGUGAUUACCCUAUUUACUCAACGAUGUACUCUCCAACUAAAGCCGCAUAGUUGCUCACGUCCACUGAAAUUUUCUGCAUAGCCGAUACCGACGUUUGCUUAAUUCACUGCGUGGAAUCGAUGCUACGAGAACUCAAGUGAAUGGUACAGUUUCAUACGCACCAUUCCAAAAUUAGGUUGAAGUAAACCAAAGCAAAGGUUCUUCUCUGCACGAAGUUUUAAAAGAUGGCACACUCUUCUCAGAUGGGCCUUGCUGGUUUCUUUCUUUCUUUUUUUUCUGCUGCUCCGGCACCUAUCUCUCCCGAGGCAUCCCGCCCAUCAUGUUUUUGGUAAAGCAAGGCAAAUACAUGCAUUCGUUGAUGGGGUAAGAAUUGUGUAAAACCGGUUUUAGUGUGCGUUUCUUAUUACCGAAUAAGUGCUGUAAGAUAGACUUGUGUACGUAUGCGUUCUUGAAGAUAAUUGUUUAUAGGAAUGAGUGACCUUUCCUUGCUCCUUUUUCUGCGCCUUGCCAUUCUUAUUGACUCAUCUGUAUACAUUAAGCAUGUCACACGUGUUGUCCAUAUGUACUGAACUUUCCUGUUUGAUCAGAAGUGUAGUCAAAGUGCGCUGUCAAGAAGCUGAAGCACACAUUCAGUGCGAUCGGGUGCUUUCGCGGUUGUGGGGCGGUUCAGAGUAAAAUUUAAAAAAAAAUACACCUAACUAGUUUUGUCACAACGUGCCGUGGUUUCUUUAGCAUUCGUAGUCAGACUAAAAUUACUGCUGUUCUUUUCUCUAAAGAUAAAAACGCCUAAAAUCAUUCUCUUCCUACCUCCUUCGUAUCUAUGAAAUGUUUAAAGUUUGUAAGUGUUAGCUACACUCAAAGAGCUUGAGUUCUAUUCAUUAGAUAACAUUAUCACUAUGCCUGAUGUUCUUUUUUUUUCAAUGUAACACGUGUUGGCUACACGUCAUAGUAGAUGAAGUGCAGCCCUUCAAGACUUUAAGUUACCUGUUUCACGUUCUUUUCCAACUAAAUGAAGCGUAGUUAGCUGCAGUUAUAUAUCCCGUUUAUCAAUAUGGAUACAGGACACGCGAUAAGUGACUCAAACCCCUGCGUUUUGCAGUACAGCUAUGCAUGGAAACCACGAAACCGUAAUUAAUGGCUAUACGCAGUAUGUACGAAGUUAGCGUUUCUUAAUCCCCCCCCCGCCCCUCAAACAAAUGCCCUAGUGCGGCUACCCCCACCCCCUCCCUGAUUUUGAAGGUAGUUUCGCAUUCGUGAUCUUGCACGUUGACGUAGUGUACAUACUUAUCCAUUUCAGCGGUUAUACACAGCCAGCUAUUUCUUCACCUCACCAGCACACCGUCUUAUCGGCUACGGCCGAAAAUUGUGUACAUUCUUUUCUAGCCUCCACAAAGUGUAGUACUCUUUGUGGAGCACUUCCGCAUCUCCACCAGCAGCGAGUUCUUCCUUCCGAUUUCCUACUUGUGUGCAAGAGCUGGCUGAAUAGUUUUGACUGUAUGCAUGCGCGUUCCCAGAACCAACUAUGAAAUCCCAAAUAAACACUGUCAAACA